AUCCAGCCCCUCGCGCCCCGCGCUCCCCGUCCACCUGCCGGGGAGAGCCCCUUCGGUGACACCCCACCCUCGGUGACAGCUUCCUUCGCGGCCCCUUUGCAUCCCCCUCUUUGGCCUUUCACCCUCCCUCUCUUCUCGACCAUUUUGCUUAUUCGCUUUUCUGUGGUCUUGACUCCAUCCCCCUUCUCUAUUUUCCGCUCUUGCACUUUGCUCUCCUCGUUCCCUCUUCACCAUUUUACCCUCUGCCCCCUCCUCCCUCCGAUCUUUGCCUUCCGCGCCGCUCUCCCUGAUCGGAUGUCCUCGCUCACACACAGCUGUCCUCAUUUCCUUCCAUGGCUUCAGGGGUCUGAGCAGGAACAAUUUGAAGGCUGUUGCUUCCCAGAAGCUGGGAGAGUGGGGGCAUAGGGAUUCAUGGGCUCCAUUUCUUUCUUUCUGCCUUUUUUUGGGGGUGGUGGUGGUGGUGGUGGGGCUACAACGGGGGGAUUGGGAGUAUGGAAGAGAGCGUGGAAGCUUCAUUGCAAGACCUGAAUGAUGGUGGGUUGUACAGAGUGCUGAGGAGGAGGCGUCUCCGAAUUCCUUACUUGAUAUCUGCUUGAGUUUCCUGACCACUCACCUUGAGAAAUUCUGCUCAGCAAGGCAAGAUGGAACGUUGUGUCUGCAGGAACCUGGGGUAUUUCCACAAGAGGUGGCUGAUCGACUGCUUCAGACCAUGGCUGUUCAUGGUCUACUGAAUGAUGGAACUGUGGGUAUUUUUAGAGGCAACCAGAUGCGCUUAAAGCGAGCUUGCAUUCGCAAAGCGAAGAUCUCUGCUGUUGCUUUCCGGAAAGCCUUCUGCCACCACAAGUUAGUGGAACUCGAUGCCACAGGCGUGAAUGCUGACAUCACCAUCACAGACAUUAUCAGCGGGCUUGGCAGCAACAAGUGGAUCCAGCAGAACCUCCAGUGCUUGGUGCUGAACUCCCUGACUCUGUCCCUGGAGGAUCCCUAUGAGCGGUGCUUCAGCCGGCUUUCCGGCCUUCGAGCUCUCAGCAUCACCAACGUUCUCUUCUACAAUGAAGACCUGGCUGAAGUUGCCUCACUGCCGAGGUUGGAGAGCCUCGAUAUCUCCAACACCUCGAUCACGGACAUCACUGCUCUGCUAGCCUGCAGAGACCGACUCAAGUCGCUAACCAUGCACCACUUGAAGUGUUUAAAAAUGACAACUACCCAGAUCCUGGACGUUGUUCGGGAACUCAGACAUCUGAAUCAUCUUGAUAUCUCAGAUGAUAAACAGUUUACAUCAGACAUAGCUCUUCGCUUACUAGAACAAAAGGACAUCUUACCCAACCUUGUCUCUCUGGAUGUUUCUGGGAGAAAGCAUGUGACAGAUAAAGCUGUUGAAGCCUUUAUACAACAACGACCCAGCAUGCAGUUUGUAGGUUUGCUGGCCACUGAUGCUGGUUACUCUGAAUUCCUCACAGGCGAAGGACACUUGAAGGUAUCUGGAGAAGCCAAUGAGACGCAGAUUGCAGAAGCCCUGAAGCGGUACAGUGAGCGGGCCUUUUUUGUCCGAGAAGCUCUGUUUCACCUUUUCAGCCUGACUCAUGUGAUGGAGAAAACAAAGCCAGAAAUUUUAAAGCUUGUGGUUACUGGAAUGAGAAACCACCCUAUGAAUUUACCAGUGCAACUGGCUGCAAGCGCCUGUGUAUUUAACCUAACGAAGCAGGAUCUUGCUGCAGGGAUGCCUGUCCGACUGCUGGCUGAUGUGACCCAUUUGCUGCUCAAAGCUAUGGAACAUUUUCCCAAUCACCAGCAGUUACAGAAGAAUUGCCUCCUUUCACUUUGCAGUGACCGGAUCCUUCAAGAUGUUCCAUUCAACAGGUUUGAAGCAGCCAAACUUGUCAUGCAGUGGCUCUGCAACCACGAAGAUCAAAACAUGCAAAGAAUGGCGGUUGCUAUCAUUUCCAUCCUGGCUGCCAAGCUAUCUACAGAACAAACUGCACAGCUUGGAGCUGAGCUCUUCAUUGUCAGGCAACUUCUUCAGAUAGUGAAGCAGAAAACUAAUCAAAACUCAGUGGAUACAACAUUGAAGUUCACAUUGAGCGCACUUUGGAACCUCACGGAUGAAUCGCCAACCACGUGCAGACACUUCAUUGAAAACCAAGGGUUAGAGCUCUUCAUGAGGGUUCUAGAGUCUUUCCCAACUGAGUCAUCCAUCCAACAGAAAGUUCUAGGACUUUUGAACAAUAUAGCUGAAGUACAAGAACUACAUUCUGAAUUAAUGUGGAAGGAUUUUAUAGACCACAUCAGUAGUCUGCUACACAGUGUUGAAGUGGAAGUGAGUUACUUUGCAGCUGGCAUUAUUGCCCACUUAAUAUCCAGAGGCGAACAAGCUUGGACAUUGAGCCGAAGCCAGAGGAAUUCUCUUCUCGAUGAUUUGCACUCAGCUAUUUUGAAGUGGCCAACUCCAGAGUGUGAGAUGGUAGCAUACAGGUCCUUUAAUCCAUUUUUCCCAUUACUUGGCUGUUUCACAACGCCGGGAGUCCAGCUAUGGGCAGUUUGGGCCAUGCAACAUGUCUGCAGCAAGAAUCCUUCAAGGUACUGCAGCAUGCUGAUUGAAGAAGGAGGACUACAACAUUUAUACAACAUCAAAGAACAUGAACAGACCGAUCCCCAUGUCCAACAGAUUGCAGUGGCCAUUCUGGACAGCUUAGAAAAACAUAUCAUGUGCCAUGGGAGGCCACCUCCCUGUAAGAAGCAGCCCCAAGCUAGACUAAAUUGAUAGUCAUAGGUGAUUGGAUAAUUGAGUCACCAGGAUCCUUUUUGUGAUUGGUCCACUUAGACUAUCUUAAGGUCAGUUUGGGAUUAAUAAUGUACAGUACUGCCCAUGUGAACAGUCUAAUUUGUCUUGUGAUUUUUAACCUAAUAUGAGGCAAGAAAGGUUUCUUUAUCAUUCCCUUUUAGGAAAUUUUCACAUCUUUUAGUGUUUGAAUUUAUCUGUGCUUGAGAUUCUACAGUUUUCUGAUAAAAGUUUGCACGAACUCUUAGACCAGACUUUUCUGAUCUCAAAGUCCCUUCCAAUCAAUUUGUGGCCUCCGAUGGGUUAUUACCCUGUUUCUGGCACUGUUUUAGUUGUGAAGUUUCUACUGCUAUGUAUAAAAUGCCUUUACCCUCUGUAUAUCUCUUAGAAGACACCCUUCUUAGUGUGAAAGAAGAGAAACCAUGUUUUCUCCCCAUGGAAACCCUGUGGAACCUGGAUGGCUGACAGAAAUAUAUAUUAGGAGGAAAAACAGUUGAGGAAGAAUGGAGUUCAGGAAUUGAGAAUUGCUUUCAUAGCAUAGUUUCUAAAAUGGGUCAGGUUGCCCUUCUGGAAUCUGUCUCUUUGGAGGCAGUGGGCAGAACCUUGUUCUCUAUUGUUUAUGGCUAGAGAUGUGGCCUGCUACUUCCUGUACAGAUUGUGGGUUGUUCUCUAGAAAUAUUUCCCAGCAUCACACCAUUAACUAUUAUAGCACAUUGUGUUAAAGGCUAUCUGAUUCUGUCAUAGUAUUGUGAAAAUGUAAAUUUUUUAAAAAAUCGUCUCUAGUUAAAAGUAGCUAUUCUUUUCCUACAAAGCCAUUUUUGUUCAGUGGGAUAGACACUACUCAUGGUAUUAACCUGCUUAGUCAAAUUACAAUUGACAACAGUAAAGUUUGCACAAAAAAUUAAAUUUGGGUUGGAGGUGUAACUCAAGAGGUUGAGUGUAUCUUAGCAUGUAAAGCCCUGAGUUCAAUACCCAGCACCAAAAAAAAAAAAA